CUCAUUUAUUAAAAGGUUAAAAAAAAGACUUUGUUUUGAUGCCUGAAUACGUGUUGUUGAAUUGAAGAAAACAGGUGUGGUAAGGUGCUCUGACAUAGUGAUUUGACGAAAGAGGAGUCAAAUGUAUGAAUGAUCAUGCUGUAAAAAUGUAAACACACCCAAACCUGAGGUCACAUAUUAGGUAUAUAAAGUGCAGUGGCGCUCCUCAGCUUUAGUAUCGCAGUCCAGGGAAACUAAUCUGCAGAACUGAUCUGUUCAUCACAAUGAAGCUGCCGUUUUCUCUGUUUCUCCUCUGGGCACUCUCCAACACAGCUGGAGCCCUUCAGUGUCAAACCUGCAGAGAUUCGACGUGUUCAAGCACAGCACUACUUCAAUGCUCCUCAUCGGAACCAAUGUGCGUUACAGCUACCAUUCUAGCUACUUCAUCUGGAACUCCGGUUACACAAAUCUACAAGGCAUGUGCAUCUUCCUCCCUGUGUCCAGCCGUAACCUCUCAGACAUUUUCAGUCAACCUGGGUUUUCAAAGUGCUCUGGCUUCUGCUCAAUGCUGCAACACAGAUAACUGCAACUCAGACACUCUACCAAAUCCUGCUUCUCAGUCAAAUAAUGGUGGAGUAUGCAACUUUUGUAACCCUUCCACUGGCCAGUGCUCCUCCACAUUACAGUGUCAGGGAGUGGAGAACCAAUGCUUCCAAUCAACCAUCAACAGUGGCACCAGCACGUAUCCAGCUCAGGGCUGCGCAUCUACAAACCUGUGUGCAGCUGCUCAAAGCCUGGGAUCUCUACCUUUCAUGCAGAGCGUUGGUACCGUAUCAGGUGUUGCCUGUUCUCCAGCACCAACUACGACUGCUGCCCCGACUACAACCACCACCCCAACUACAACUACAACCACCGCCCCAACAACAACUACAACCACAGCCGCAACAACAACCACCGCCGCGACCACAACCACUGUCCCAGCUACAACUACAACCACCGCCGCAACUACAAACACCGUUCCAACUACAACUACAACCACCGCCGCAACUACAACCACCAUCCCAACUACAACCACCGCCCCAACUACAACUACAACCACCCCCGCAACUACAACCACCACCCCAACCACAACCACCAUCCCAACUACAACCACAACCACCGCCCCAACUACAACCACCAUCCCAACUACAACCACAACCACCGCUGCAACUACAACCACUGCUGCAACUACAACCACCGCCGCAACUACAACCACAACUACCGUCCCAACUACAACCACCGUCCCAACUACAACUACAACCACCGCCACAACUACAACCGUCCCAACUACAACUACAACCACCGCCCCAACAACAACUACAACCACAGCCGCAACAACAACCACCGCCGCGACCACAACCACUGUCCCAGCUACAAUUACAACCACCGCCGCAACUACAACCACCGUCCAGACUACAACUACAACCACCGCCGCAACUACAACCGUCCCAACUACAACCACAACCACCCUCGCAACUACAACCACCCCCGCGACUACAACCACCCCCGCAACUACAACCACCACUCCAACAACAACUACAACCACCGCCACAACUACAACCACCUCCCCAACUACAAUCACCAUCCCAACUACAACCACAACCACUGCCCCAACUACAACCACCAUCCCAACUACAACCACAACCACCGCCGCAACUACAACCACUGCUGCAACUACAACCACCGCCCCAACGACAACCACAACCACCCCCGCAACUACAACCACCCCCGCAACUACAACCACCACCCCAACAACUACAACCACCGCCACAACCACAACCACCCCCGCAACUACAACCACCCCCUACAACCAUCCCAACUACAACCACAACCAUCGCCGCAACUACAACCACCGCCCCAACUACAACCACCACCCCAACAACAACUACAACCACCGCCCCAACUACAACCAACACCCCAACUACAACUACAACCACCGCCCCAACAACAACUACAACCACAGCCGCAACAACAACCACCGCCGCAACCACAACCACUGUCCCAACUACAACCACAACCACCCCCCCUUUGUGAAUAUUAGCCAGAAAAAUACUCUGACGGGUAAAAUUAAGUGCCCCAACUACAACCACCAACCCAACUACAACCACAGCUCCAACUACAAGCACUGCCACAACUAUAACCACAGCUGCAGCAACACCCAUCACCGCAACUAUAACUACAAUCACUGCGCCAACUACAAUCACUACCGCAACUAUAACCACAGCUGCAACUACAAUCACUGCUCCAACUACAACUACAACCACUGCCCCCACUACAACCCCAAUUACAACCACCACCCCAACUACAACCACUGCGGCAACUACAACUACAACCACUGCCCCAACUACAACCACUGCUGCAACCACAACUAUUGCCCCAACUAA